AUGCCGCCAAUCCCCAUUCACAAAAACGCGCCGAUAGCACCCACAACGGCUGCCAAAGCAGACGGCGUCACACCCUCAACCGCCUCGUCAAACGACAACGGCACCUCAGACCCACCCCCAACUCCCACGUCAUCCGCCUACGUUCCAGCUACAACGACGCAAUCCUCUUCAUCUUCACCUCCCGCACCCCAACCCGGCGCACGCCCUAUAGCCCCCACCCAGGCAGCAGGUGCAGGAUACGGAGGAGGAGGCUAUGAUGGCACACCCGCAGCACCACAACCAGGUCCCACAGCGACGGUGAUAACGACAGAGACACGGCAAGUAGUUCCACCACCACCUCAGUUUAGUCACCCGCCUCCAAGCGACUCUAUGCUUGCAGGUCGCUCAACUACAACGGCUACUGCGCCUUCUAAACCGGGUCCUACGACGCUCAACUAUGGGCCUGUGGCUUCUCCUUUUCAGUCGGCCGACUCGGGAAAUGCAGUGGCGCAGCCUACAGGAACCAGUUUGGAACAUCCACCGGGUUACGUUCAAGCACCGGAUAAUGCACCAUAUACUGCUGGGGGAGGGCUUGAUCGACCGAGUGGUGCGGGUGAGGGUGCUGAAGGCGAAGGUGUAGGAGCACAGGCAUGGCAGAUGUUGAGCAAGGCUGGCGAGGCGCUGAAGAAGGGCGAGGAGAGCGUAUGGAGGGCAGUCAAGAACAAAAAUGGUGGUGGCUUCUAA